AUGUCCAAACGACAUUUGUUUGAUUCUACUACCCUCAUGAUGAAAGACGAUGGAAAGACCAUCUCCGAAACCACAAAAAGAAGAAAAUACAAAUUGAAUUCAUUGAACACUGAUCCUUCAUCCUUGGAAUUCAAUAUGCAUCAUGAUCCUUCAUAUUUGGAAUUGACUCGAAUUCCAUUCAAUGGUAAAAUCAUACAUUUCAAACAUUCUUCAAAAUUAAAAGAUCUCUUUGAAAUUAGAGCUGCAUGUCGAGAGAAUAAGCCUUGUUGUGAAAAUGAUAGAAAGGCUAGAAUGUGUUUCUAUGCUACUUGUAAAUGGACUGGACAGAAUGUAGUAUUGAAAACACUAUCCGAUCAAACAUCAAGUAUGGUGGAUGUGAUGAAACAUGAAACUCUUAAUAUAAUUGUUGACAACAAGACGAUACGAAAUGACACUAUCAAUGAUCAAGAAUUAUUAUUAGAAGAAGAAUAUUUGAAAAUCUCACAAAUUCCAGCUCAAUGCUUCAUUGAUGAAUAUAAAAAGCAAUGUGGAUUAAAUGCAAUGGGUACUAAUUAUUGUAAAUUAUAUGGUCGAAUUAUCAGAAAUGAAGGAGAAACAAAAUGGACCACAGAGAAGGAUAUUCAAUUGGGUGCAACAUUGAAUUUUACAAUCGAUGAUUCCAUUCUUACCUCUUAUAUUAUUAUUAAUGAUGAAGACAAGUAUAGAGAAACAUUACAUCAAGCACUUUCAAAGAAUUCUAAAUUAUUAACUACUAAUUCUAAAUUAGACUUGGAAGCAAUGAAAAUUACAUUAUUUAAAUUUGCAUUUACAAGAGAUAAUGCAUUUGUAAAUACUUUAAUUAAGAGAAGAAGGGAAAUAUCAAAUCUUCAUUCUGAUCCUAUGGUAUCUUCUUCUGAGAAUGAAACAGCAAGCUCAUCGAAAGAAGAAGCUACACUCGACAAUUCCAUUCAAUUACUUUCCAUUGAUGAAGAAAAUUAUGGAGAUAAUUACAUUAAGAAUGCUAAAAAGAAUGGAAUCACAUUGGAAGAUCAAUAUGAAUUGACUAUUGCAUCCAAAUGCACCAAAGAGUUUCUAAAGAGAAUGAAAGACAAAUCCAAAACAUCUUCUUUGAUUGAUUUUCUUGAAAGAAUGAAACAAGUCGAACCAUUGCCCUUUGAGGGGUUUACAGAGAAUGUGGAUGCAUUGAUGAAAGUCGUUAAAAGAAGUUCAAUAGCAAAAAGAAAACAGAAGAAAUAA